UCUGUAGUAGAAAUCUGGAGAAGAAUCUUCACCGUCUGUAGGUAGAUAGUACUAGAAGUUACCUACUACGGAGUAGGUAAUCCGUCAAUAGCCGUCCACACUAACACACUUACUCACUACGCGUAUCUAUACUUUUACCAGAUACUCACUCUCAGCCCGGGGGCAGCUAACGGGACUAGAUGGGCUAGAUAGUAGGUAAGUAGGGCCGGUGGUGAUUAGUUGGAGUUUGGUGGAUAUCGGCAUCACCGCCUCAGUUGAGGGAGAGGGAGAGUCUAGACUGGUAUUGAGCUAGUGGGAUGGAUACGGAUACUUUUAGAGAGAUAGAUACCGCCACUUUGAGUCUGGAGUGGCAGUGGCAGAGACAGACACAGAGAGACAGACAGAGACUGAGAGAACUAUCUACCUAUCUAGGUACUGUCUCUAGGUACUCCAUCAAUCAAUCUAGACUCUCAAUAGACCUAGGUAGGUACUGUGUACACCGCCCCGUGAUACAUCACACGGUUGUGGUUGGGUCGGGUUGGUCGGGUUGGUUGGUCGGUCGGUCGGGUCAUGGAUGCAUCACAUCACAUCACAUCACAUCGAUCAGGAGGAUCGGCGUGUUGAUCGCUGGUGUUGUUCUUUGUCUGUUUAUGGCAUUAUUGCCUCUCUUUUUUUUUCUUUGUUUCUUCGAUUUUCCUUCCAUCUAUCUAUCGAUCUAUUUUCGGGGUUAUCAAUCCCACUGUCGGUUUAUCUAUCUACGUAUAGUAUCUACUAGACUAUCUAGGGAAGGAUAGUAUCUUAGUAUCUACCUACCAUACCAUUCAUUAGAGCAGUGCGGAGACUGCCACUGGUGCCAGUCCCAGUCCCAGUCUCAGUCUCAGUCUCAGUAUCAGUAUCAGUAUCAACAUCAAUAUCUGAAAACUGCCAGAUUCCACACGGCAAGCUAU